AUGUCGACGCUCGAAGCGGUGCUCGAGCUGCAGAAGCGAAACAGCAUCUUGCAGACACCGAGCGAGAAUGAGCAGCUGGUCGUGUCAACCUCACCGAUACUCAACAUCGCGCUCCAGAACAACACGUCGUCGUCCAACGUGUGCGCAUACGUGACGGGGCUCGACAUCAACAAGAACAACGCGGUACUGAUCCUGCAGAGCGACGGCGUGACGGGCUACUACCCGCAAUCACCAACCACCCCGCUCAGCGCGCUGGCGCAGGACUGCCACAUCCGGCUAGGCGGGCCGGGCACGACGCGCACCGUGACGGUGCCGCAGAUGGCGGGCGGGCGCAUCUGGUUCGCGCGCGACGGCCAGCUGACGUUCCUGCUGAACCGGGGCCCGGCGCUGGUCGAGCCGUCGGCCACCAACACGUCGGACCCAAACUACAGCGUCUUCUGGAGCUUCGCAGAGUUCACGUUCAACACAGUGCAGGUGUUUGCCAACAUCACGUUUGUCGACUUUGUCAGCCUGCCCGUGUCGCUCGCGCUGGCCAGCGCGACGCCGGGGGCCGCGGCGCAGUCAGUGGCGGGGCUGCCGGCGGCGGGGCUCGACGCCGUGUGCGCGGGGUUAGUGGCACAGAACGCCAGCGACGGCGCCGGUUGGGACCGGCUCGUAGUCAAGACGGCCGCGGGCGCCAACCUGCGCGCGCUCAGCCCCAACGCGGGCCUCGUCAUGGACUCCACACUCUUCCGCGGCUACUACCAGCCUUACGUCGACGCCGUGUGGGCCAAGUACGCCGCGGCGCCGCUCAACAUCGACACGCAGGGGCAGUGGGGGGUGGUGCAGGGCAAGGUCAGCAGCAGCUCAGGAUCGGCGCAGCUCUCGUUCGGCAGUGGUGUAGGUGCCUUCGCGCAGCCCAGCAGCGCCGACGUCUUCUCGUGCAGCACGGGGCCGUUCGCCAACGCGACGGGCUCGGCGGAGCUGGGCAACAUCGGGGCGCGGCUGGCAGCGGCGUUCAACCGCAGCACGCUGCUGGUCAACGCCAACCAGCCGGCGGCCGAGCGCGUGGCGACGUACUACGUGUCGAACCAGAUCACCAACCACUACGCGCGCGUGGUGCACGCAGCCGUGCCCGGCGGCAAGGGCUACGCGUUCCCCUACGACGACGUCGCGCCCGACGACGCCGACAACGUCGCGGGCACGGUGGCCGACGGAAACCCACAGCUGCUGGUCGUCGCCGUCGGCGGUUCCACGGCCACUUCCACUUCGCUGCUGGCGAGGCUGCGCAGUGCGGUGCGCGCCGGGCAGAAGAGGCUGGGCGGGUGGUGGAGCCGAGGCAAGUGAAGCUGGGGGAUCCCAUGUUGAAGAGAAUGAUCUGGGGGAUUUGUACAUGGCAAGGGCCAAGGAGCCUUGUUUGGUGUUUCUGCCGCUCGUAUAGUCGACCCAACUCGUACAUAUACAUAGCAGUAUCGUUAGUUAGGUAGUCAGCUUGCCAAUAUGCAACAUUUGUUCCUAUCGGUCUUCCCUCUAGGUCCCCCAAGUUACAGCGGUGAACAGACACGAUGAAAAUGAAACAGGAAAAAGAGAUAAAAAGUAUACCGAGUGAGUACCUACCUGAGUUUUGAUCGAAUCAGAUUCACUCACCGACAGCCAUAAUACGAGUGGUGCUGGUUUGCUCCGCCGCCGUCCGACGGUCUGGAAACGGGGGAUUCAUUCCCUG